AUCAGAUGCUACCCGCUUGUCACCUGAAGCCAUUGAAGAAAUCAGAAACGCUCAGAAUAAUAUUCCAAAUGCUCGACGUAUUAUGUGUAAAAAACAUCAUAUAGGAGCAGCGACAUAUCAAAAAAUCAUUGAUAAUCAAAGGCCUCCUGAACCAACUGAAGAGUGGUGUAGAAUCCUAGAAUCUCCGGUAAGUACUGAGCAUGAUACCUCUUCUUCUAAUAUACAAGAAAAUGAGGUCAUUUAUAUAAAGCACCCUGGAGAUGAUAAAGAUGAUGCAAAUUCUCAUAUAAGGCUGAAUACAGUAACUAGUGAACGAAAAGAUAAGGUUAGUCGAAAACAAAAGAUUAGUAUGAAGGCAAAAG